AUGGCCUCUGCUACCCGACAGUUUGCCCGCGCGGCCACUCGUGCCACUCGCAAUGGCUUCGCUAUUGCUCCCCGACAGGUCAUCCGCCAGCAGGGUCGCCGCUACUACUCUUCCGAGCCCGCACAGAAGUCCUCUUCGGCAUGGGUUUGGUUGACAGGUGCUGCCGUUGCUGGAGGUGCUGGUUACUACUUCUACGGCAACAGUGCUUCUUCUGCUACCGCCAAGGUCUUCAACCCUAGCAAGGAGGACUACCAAAAGGUUUACAACGAGAUUGCCGCUCGCUUGGAGGAGAAGGACGACUACGACGAUGGCAGCUACGGUCCUGUUCUAGUUCGCCUUGCCUGGCACGCCAGUGGCACCUACGACAAGGAGACUGGUACUGGUGGCAGCAAUGGAGCUACCAUGCGAUUCGCUCCUGAGUCUGACCACGGUGCCAACGCCGGUCUGGCCGCUGCCCGUAACUUCCUUCAGCCUGUCAAGGAGAAGUUCCCUUGGAUCACCUACUCGGAUCUCUGGAUCCUUGCCGGCGUUUGUGCUAUCCAGGAGAUGCUGGGUCCCGCUAUCCCUUACCGACCUGGCCGUUCCGACCGCGAUGUCUCUGGCUGCACACCCGAUGGCCGUCUUCCUGACGCUUCCAAGCGCCAGGAUCAUCUCCGCGGUAUCUUUGGCCGCAUGGGUUUCAACGAUCAAGAAAUCGUUGCCCUCUCUGGUGCCCACGCUCUAGGCCGAUGUCACACUGAUCGUUCCGGCUUCAGUGGCCCUUGGACUUUCUCCCCCACUGUCCUGACCAACGACUACUUCCGUCUUCUCGUUGAGGAGAAGUGGCAGUGGAAGAAGUGGAACGGCCCUGCUCAGUACGAGGACAAGUCCACCAAGUCUCUCAUGAUGCUUCCCAGCGACAUUGCUCUUAUUGAGGACAAGAAGUUCAAGCCUUGGGUUGAGAAGUACGCCAAGGACAACGACGCUUUCUUCAAGGACUUCUCCAACGUCGUCCUCCGACUAUUUGAGCUCGGCGUUCCUUUUGCCCAGGGUACUGAGAACCAGCGAUGGACCUUCAAGCCCACCCACCAGGAAUAA